AUGCCGGCUCGUCAAUUUCCAUUCAAUCGACGGUCAUGCCUUCUCAAGGGUUCCUUGCUGCUUUGGAUUGCGUGCGACAUCAUCGGCUUGUUCUCACAGGGCUUUGCUGGAGCUGAUGUGCGGAAGUGCAGGCUUCGUGAGGGCACUGCCAUUGGCUGUCAUGCAUCACGGUGGUGGAGUGCCUUUCGCGGCGCCGACUGCUUGGCGGCGAGGAUAAAGGACGCCUUUGAGCCUACAAUGAAAGCAGGGGACAUCCCCGUGCUGCAUUCAUGGACGUCGUAUGAAGCGUCCUUGCCAGUGAGAGAAGGCGAUGAUGGAGCAAGCAAGCUGCAUUCACGGCCUUAUUUCUGCCGUGAACAUGAUUUGGAUGUUGCCGUGAACCGCUUAGAGAGAACAGGGCAGCGCAGAGAUCGCGUGGCUUACCUGUCAGCACCAACCAUGCGGGGCAAAUCCGCAGCCAUUCUUCCAAUGUUUUGCCGAAGUGUAGAACUGGGCAGCGAGAACAGUUUCACCCACUACUUGUACAUGCCAUUUGCCAACAACGAUGGGAAUAGUCACAGCCCUGCGCCCAACCGCCAACUGCGCGAUUUGGAGACUGAUGAGCUGGAGCGGGCAGGUGCUGACUUCAUGCUCCACUGCUUCAGGAGGCAGAUGAACGGAACAUAUUCACGCAGCUCAACAUGGACUCUCCCUUCACAGUUGCCAGACCUUGAAGACACAAUGGCAAAGUUCAAGGAGGAGGUCCAUAAGUUUUUGCAGAAAAAUCAGAGCAAUCGUCUCCUCCUCCACAUUGAUGAGCACCGCUCGAUGAGCGCAUCAGCCGAGUUCAAGCGAGGAGCAAUGCAGCUUGCUGGCUCAAUCCCAGCGAGAUGUCGGGUGAUUGCCACCUACCUUGAACCGCCGGACUUGCCUGCGCAGGGCUCGUCCAAAGUCUGCAGGUUUGCAAUUGCCAUGAUGCUGGUGGAUGUUGGGCUCUUGAUGACUUUUGACGCUUCAGAUGAUGCGCCAGCCACGGCGGCGGGCUUGCCAAGAAUCAGGCUUCCUUCAGGUGACUGGAAUGGCAAGGCACGGCGAUUGCUCGCAACACUGCGAGUCAAGCUGAGCCUCUUCCUUUUGGGGCGAAACAUUGGUCUUGACCAACUCCACAUUAAACAGGAUGAGAAGAGCGAAUUGUGCAGAACCUUCAUGAAAGUGCAAGAGGCGCUCGACGCAGACACAGACCUUGAGAGGAAGCUCAUUGGAGCUAUCACCAGCAUCAGUGUUAUCCUGCCACAGCAAGGCAAGCAGGUCUCUGGAGCAGUUGACUUGCUGCUGGGCGUCGAAGACUCUGAGGCAGACGACAGCAGGUACCCUGGAGUGGUGUCAUUGGACAAUCGGAAGCUCACCCUUCCGCUUGAGAUGUUGCUGGCAGCUCGCGACGACAAGGGCAAGAGCUUCAAUCUUUUUUGCGAUGGGCAAAGUAUGUUCAGACAAUCUAUUCUGGGAAAGUCUGACUGGUGCGAUGGUCUGGUGUUGGAGCGGGCAUACGCAUGGGCUAUUGCCUGCAAAGCUGCCCAAGCAGCCGGUCGAUUUCCGCUGGACAACGUGGGGCGUGAGUUCCUUUUCCAGUGCAAAGAGCUACGCGAUGGAAUCAAGCAGUUCAAUGGGAAGAGCGCCAGAGUCUUCACAAAGAAGGGAACACCCAGCAUUGAUGGCAUCCGCUGCAUUGAGGAUGGUGUCAUUUAUCACGCACUUUCAGAAGGUGGCAAGGCUGGCACUCACCAAGGCUUCGAUAUUUGGUUCAAGACGGAAGCGAAUGAGUUGGUGCUGGUGGAUGUGACUGGAGCUACCAACGCCAAAAGCUGCGAAGAAAAGGCGGGACAAAUCGCCCAGAAUGCAGCUGCGGCGAUGAACGAAGUGCAGGUGAAGAACGUGGAAUCAGUCAUUGGUGUUCUCUUAGCUCCGAAUUGCGACAGCGCCAUCGAAGAGCCACCGUCAGCUCAAGUGGUGCGAGGAGAUGCAGCAAGAGACCUGUUGGGAGGCUUGCAACAACUGUUGACUUGGCUUGGUGAAGAUGUUGACUGA